CUCUCUCUCUUUCUUAUUCUCUCUCCCCUAAUUAUUAGCGAAUAGCGAGUGAGGAGCGAGCGACGUAGCUACGAAGAGGAGCGGCGUGCACACAAAAUUAGGGCAUCGCAAAUGGGGAUCGAGGUGUUGGCGCUCUCCCUCCCCUCCCCCUCCUCCCACUGGGAGAGGUUGUCGUCGUCGCACCAGGCGAGCACGAGGGGUGGAUCCGAGAUGGGUAAUUUGGAAGUGGGAGGAGCUCCCAAGUUGGCGCAGCCUAGGGCUCUUCCGACGAGGGCUGUUCUGCUGCCAACAUGCUCAAUUCAAACAUCUAAAUGUUCUUCUGGUCGCCAAAUUGAAGCUUACGCUAGGAAGAGUUCCGUAGUCUCAAAAAUUUACCCUGCAUGGUUUCAUCCAUCUUCAUCUGAUUCUAGGCAUUCCUUCCAAAGAUGCUUCUCAUCUUCAGAGGCGCUACUUACUUCCAAAUCUCAGCCUGCAUCAACUUCACUUGUUCUUGGCAAUGAAAAAGUUGGAGUCUUGUUGCUGAAUCUCGGAGGUCCGGAGACUCUUGAUGAUGUGCAGCCUUUCUUAUUUAAUCUUUUCUCUGAUCCGGACAUAAUCCGGCUUCCCAGGAUGUUCCGGUUUCUUCAAAAGCCAUUGGCACAGUUUAUAUCUGUUGUUAGAGCGCCGAAGAGCAAAGAAGGUUAUGCUUCAAUUGGCGGCGGUUCUCCGCUUCGGCAAAUAACUGAUGCGCAGGGCGAGGAGCUGAGGAAGGCCUUGUGUGACAAAAAUGUCCCUGCAAAGGUGUAUGUUGGAAUGCGCUAUUGGCAUCCAUUCACAGAAGAAGCUAUAGAACUGAUUAAGCAGGAUGGUAUCACAAAACUUGUUGUGCUUCCUCUUUAUCCACAGUUUUCUAUAUCAACUAGUGGUUCAAGUCUUCGUUUGUUGGAGAGUAUAUUCAGGGAGGAUGAGUAUUUGGUCAAUAUGCAACACACAGUUAUACCAUCCUGGUACCAGCGUGAAGGAUACAUCAAGGCUAUGGCAAAUUUAAUCGAAAAAGAGUUGUCCAAAUUUGCAACCCCUCAGAAGGUCAUGAUAUUUUUUAGUGCUCAUGGAGUGCCGCUAGCAUAUGUCGAAGAAGCCGGGGACCCAUACAAAGCAGAGAUGGAGGAGUGUGUCGAUCUGAUUAUGGAAGAGCUGGAGAAACGUGGAAUCACCAACCCAUGUACACUUGCUUACCAGAGCCGAGUCGGACCUGUUGAAUGGUUGAAGCCCUACACUGAUGAGACAAUUGUUGAGCUUGGGCAAAAAGGAGUGAAAAAUCUUUUAGCUGUUCCUAUCAGUUUUGUUAGUGAACAUAUUGAAACUUUAGAAGAAAUUGAUGUCGAGUACAAGGAGUUGGCUCUAAAAUCUGGUAUUGAGAACUGGGGUCGAGUCCCUGCGUUAGGAUGCGAGCCCACGUUUAUUUCAGAUCUUGCAGAUGCUGUUAUUGAAAGCCUCCCUUAUGUAGGAGCCAUGGCAGUUUCGAAUCUUGAGGCUCGUCAGUCACUUGUUCCCCUCGGGAGUGUCGAAGAGCUAUUAGCUGCUUACGACUCGAAGCGCGGGGAGCUCCCUCCUCCCGUGACUGUGUGGGAAUGGGGAUGGACCAAAAGCGCGGAAACCUGGAACGGCCGAGCCGCCAUGUUAGCCGUGCUCGCUCUUCUAGUCUUUGAAGUCACCACCGGCGAAGGGUUCUUGCACCAAUGGGGCGUCCUACCCUUGUUCCGUUGAUCGAGUACCUUUUUCUUCCUCAAUAGAUAAUUUGAUAUAGGUAAAAAUAUACAGAAUUUAUCUGAGUUAUAAACAAUUUUGAAUCAGCUAUCCAACCUUUCAAAAUUUUGAUUUUAUUAUUCAAUCUUUCAAUUUGUUUGAUUCGAGUCAGCAAACGGCAUUUAACUUCAAAAUAUGAAUGCAUUAUUUAUCCUUAACGGGUUUUGUCAUUAUACUUGAUGCAAAUCUAAACUAUAAAUUUAUUAAAGUGAGUAAUUAGUUUAAAUUUCGAAGUCAAAGUACCUUACCGACUCAAAUUAAAAAAAAUUGAAAGGUUGUACUGCAAAAUCGAAAUAUUGAAAGAUUAGGUAGUUGAUUCAGAAUGGUUCAUAGUUUAGAUAAGUUUUGUACUUUUUUUUACCGUUGAUAUAUCUCCAACAGGGCAUGUUUAUGUUCCGGUACUCUUCGACGAUUUAUAUCACCCAUUAACAUGCCCUAAGUUCAUUUUCAUUUGAACAGUAAACUGAGUUGCUAAAUACAAUUCAUUUUGUUUAAUUAGGGGGGUUAUAAUGAAGGAUGAUUGUGGAUGGGACUUAAAAAUUUUGACCAGAGAAUCUUUAAAUUUAAAAGGAUAUUUUGGUUUGGUAGAUUAAA